AUGAUUGGAAUCGCAUAUCGGCCAAUUUCAAGAUCGCUUUUUGCAUCUCGUUCUGUUUUCACGAAAAUUAAUGGACGAUUCUUCAACGUUCUUGCUCUUUUGGAACAUCAAGAAGGAAAGUCUAAACCAGCUUCUCUCUCUGCAAUCGAAGCCGCGAAACGUACUGGAGGAGACGUUUUUGCUUUCGUAGUUGGCCCAAAUGCAUCUCAAGUCGCUCAACAAGCAUCCAAGUCGGUGGAUGGCUUAAAGCAGGUGAUUCAUGUGGAAAACAAUGCCUACGAGCGUUUUUUACCGGAUCAGAUUGCCAAGGUUUUGUAUGAAAAUGCAAAAAAAUUUGAUGCCUCUCAUGUCUUUAGUGCACACAGUACCCUUGGAAAAGGAGUCAUGCCUAGGUUAGCUGCAAUGUUGGAUGUAAUGCAAGUCAGCGAUGUGAUUCGCGUGGUGGAUGAAAAAACAUUCGUUCGCCCUACUUAUGCUGGUAAUGUAAAUGUACACGUUAAAACCGAGGAACCCGUCAAGCUCGUCACAGUACGUGCGUCUGCUUUUGAUCCCACUCCCGCCAUUGACAAUGGCUCCGCUAGUGUUACUGCAGGCGUGGACCCUCAACCUGCUGCUCUACAGUCAUGGGUAAGCGAAAACAUUAUUAAAAGUGAACGUCCUGACCUUGGCUCUGCUGAACGCGUCGUAGCUGGUGGCCGUCCCCUAAAAGACAAAGCUACUUUUGAAAAGACGCUAACUCCUCUUGCUGACAAAUUGGGCGCUGCUAUUGGUGCUACUCGUGUUGCAGUUGAUUCUGGCUACGCCGACAACUCUUUGCAAAUUGGACAGACCGGAAAAAUUAUCGCUCCUAAAUUGUAUAUUGCUGUAGGAGUCGACGGUGCCAUUCAACAUACUGCAGGCAUUAAAGACAGCAAAGUCAUCGCCUCUAUUAACCGGGAUGAAAACUCUCCUAUCUUCCAGCAUUCUGAUGUAGGUUUGGUUACUGAUUUGUAUGAAGCUGUUCCCGAACUUGUUGAGAAGCUUUAA